AUGGGUGAGAAAAGCGACAACUUCUUUAGAGAAUUAGAAAAGACCUACUGCCCACCGCUGGAUGCAGCUUUAUUUACAGCAAUUGUUUCCGACUAUGAUCUAUCAGACUCGGGUCAGGUCCAACAGGCCCGCGACACUUUAGAUAUCCUUCAACUGUCUGCUCUGGAACAGGAAGAUCUUCCUUUCGACCCAUCAGGUACCAGUGGCUUGGGGACGACCAGCAACGAUAUUGAUGGGAUCGUGUCGGAUCGCAGUGCCUCUCGAAAUGAUAGUUCAGGCCAAUCUCAGGAAACGGAUCUCACAUCGGAAUUCUCCUCGAUUGACAUGAGAGAUAGGGAUUUCUUCGGUCACAGCAAUGAUCGUUCGACUUCCUCUGCAUCAGCAGGAUAUAUACUAGGAGCCGAUGGGAACAUCACUUUGGCUGGAGCGAGUGAGGAGGACAAAGUUCGCUACUUGACGGAAAUGUUUCCGUCGGUAGAACGCUUUACUAUUCAGCAUACGCUGAAAAAAUCGGACGGUGAUGUCGAUCGUGCAAUGGACGUUUUGCUUAAUCUCGCAUUCUUCGACGAGCAACCUCCUGACGAAGACGGAGGCAGAGUCUUAGUUCCCAAGGGCAUCGAUGGCUUCCAGGAGGGCUCGAGUGGGAAGGGACGCAAGCGGAAGACUAAGAACAAGAACAAGAACCAGGAGUUGUCGUCGCCUGCAGGCUCCGAAUUCGACGAGAGCCCGAGCUUCAACAAGUGGAAUGCUGGGUUAAAGGAUGUCGACUUCAUCCAUUCACGAACUUCACCGAUACUAAAGAAGGAGACGGUCAGCUCGACCUAUCACGCCAACGGAGCCUCAUUGCCCGCAACAAUUAGGGCUCUCGCAACUGCGCAUGCGCCGAAAGACGAAAGGAAGAUUCACGAGAACCCCGUCAUGGCUGCGCAGGUGGCUGAGUUGACCCAAGAGUUUCCUUCGAUCGCGCCAUUUACUUUUGCAGGAUUACUUUGCAUCACACGAAACUCGACUUCAGCUGCUAAUGAGUUAGCAGCUGCCUUAAUCACCCGCCCAAUGACGCCUUCUGUGUCUCAGUUGAUCCAGUUCACAGCUACACCCCCGCCUCUCGAUAUCGAAGACGACACGCCCAGCCAACGCAAGCGAGAGGCUCGAAUGAUCAGAGACUUUGAUCGCGCGCAAGGAACCGCAGGGGCGCAUUUUGUCGCUGGUGCAGAAGCAUUCUCCAAGGCCUCGAUGGCAUACAGACGUGGAAGGUCUGAUCGCUUGAUGGGCGGUGCAGCUGCGUAUUACUCCUCAAUUGGGCGUGACCAUCUGGAACGAGCGAAACGCAACGCUGCCGCCGCUUCUGACGCAUUGGUAGACUCUCAAUCGACGUCCACAAUGCUGGAUCUACACGGAGUCUCAGUGCAGGACGCCGUCCGUAUUUCCAGUGAACGAGUCCAGGACUGGUGGGACGCACUUGGCGAUACCAAGUAUAUGCGGGCCAGGGAAGGCCGCGCAUACGAAGGAUAUCGUAUUGUCACCGGAGUUGGACGACACAGUCACGAUGGUACGUCCCGGCUGGGACCGGCCGUGUUCAAGAGACUUGUACGGGAUGGAUGGAGAGUGGAAGUGGGUGAAGGAGUUUUUACGGUGCUUGGUGUUUCUCGUCGCUGA